UAGAAUGUAGUGGUGUAGAAUGGCGCCAUCUCGUUGACAAGUAUUCAGUUGCAUCCGUGCAUGGUCCGUGGCAGUAGGCGGUACUGUGUUUUGUCGGGUGGUUAGGUUUCUUGUCGUUUGUACGUGCAUUUAAAUUUUAUAAAAGUUAAAAACGAAAAUGCAACGGAGACGACUCGUAAUGUGCAUCAAUACGCAUCUCGGCGCUUCUAUUUGAGAACUAUCACGGUUUGAAAUUGAAAAAAUCGCGCGCGCAUUUUAGGUUAAAUCGUCUUACGAACAAUCGGGUGCAUAACAAUGCGUUGCGUGAGAAAUUCAUACGGUGAAAGUCUCUCGCACGUCGUGCAAUUGGAAUUCCAACGAAGUGUACGUUGUCGUGAAUUAGUCGUCGCUUUCUGACCGUCUUCCUCCAAACUGUGUGCAUCUUGUCGUGUACGUUUAUUCGCAGUGCAACAACAAAAAGAAAAAAAAGGGAGAGGGAAAAAGGAAGAGAGAGAGAGAGAGAGAGAGAUAGAAAUAUAGAAAGAGACAAAGAGAAAGAAAAAUGCCGAGGCUACUCAAGUGGCGAUGAUUCCGCUCAAAUUUCGCCGCCGUCUAAUUUCAUAUAGGAUUUCCCCGUAUUGCACAUGCACCGAGUGACUGUAAACAGAUUUGUGUUGAGACGAACAUGCGCGCUGAUGGAAUGGAAACGUAACUGCUCUCGACAGUUUUCUUCCAUCGAAAGGAUAUUAGAAUAACUGAACAUGGCAGAUGAUGAGGGUACAGAAUGGUUGCAGGAACUGCUGCACGAUGUUCAACUUUCACAGUUUUUCACUAGGAUACGGGAUGAUUUACAAAUCACUCGAUUGCAUCAUUUUGAUUAUGUACAACCAGAAGAUCUUGAAAAGAUAGGUUUAGGAAAGCCAGGAAUUAGAAGAUUAUUAGAAGCGGUUAAGAAAAAGAGAACCACGCAAUGGAAGAAAAACUUGAUAACCAAGAUCAAGCCUGGAAGCAGUACGAAAAGCAAUAAGAAAUCUUCGCAACCAAUUGAAAGUUCCUCGGUGCUAACCUGUCUCAUUCAAGACAAAGAUGUAACGUUAUCCGAUCAAUUGGGUGAUGGUAGUUUUGGUAUAGUGAGACGUGGAGAAUGGACUUCUCCUUCUGGUAGAAAAUUACCAGUUGCUGUGAAAGUUUUGAAAGCGGAUGCUCAACCAAGUGUUAUAGAGAAUUUUGUAUCUGAAGUUCAAGUAAUGCAUACGUUGGAUCAUCAAAAUCUCAUUAGAUUAUACGGUGUAGUAUUAUCACAACCAAUGAUGAUGGUGACGGAACUUGCCUCUCUUGGAGCUCUGUUGGAUUAUUUGCGAAAACAGUGUGGUCAAAUUUCAGUAUUAACAUUGUGCGACUAUGCUUUGCAAGUGGCCACUGGUAUGGCCUAUUUGGAAGCAAAGCGUUUCCUGCAUCGUGAUCUAGCUUGUAGAAACGUUCUUCUGAGUUCGAUAGACAAAGUGAAAAUCGGUGAUUUUGGCCUAAUGCGGGCGCUGCCCCAACAGGAGGAUUGUUACGUGAUGUCAGAACACAAGAAGGUGCCAUUUCCUUGGUGUGCCCCGGAAUCGUUGAAAAGACGGAAAUUCACUCAUGCGUCCGACGUGUGGAUGUUUGGCGUCACGUUGUGGGAAAUGCUUACGUUCGGGGAGGAGCCGUGGGUCGGUUUGAAAGGGUCGGAGAUUCUUCGAAAAAUUGACAAAGAAGGUGAAAGAUUGCACGAGCCGGAGGCAACACCGCCCGAGAUGUAUCAACUGAUGUUACGUUGCUGGGCCUGCGAUCCUUCGGAAAGACCAACAUUCGCCUCUCUGCGAGUAUCCCUCACGUCUAUGGUCCCAACGGUGAUGAAAGCGAUCAGUUCGUUCGCUGUGUCCGAUCCGGGCAAAAUGACGAUAAAACAAGGCGAUCAAAUAAUCAUUUUGGACGGGCAACCGGAGAAUUAUUGGUGGAAAGGUCAGAACCAGCGAACCUUUCAAAUCGGCCUUUUCCCCCGCUGUUACGUCGACCCUAUGAGGCGCAAACAGCCGGAAGACAUCAGUAAACCGUUGGAGAAUUCUUUCAUUCACACCGGGCACGGUGCACCGUUUGGAAAGAGUUGGGGCAGCCCCACUUUCAUAGACGACGUUUAUCUUCGAAAUCCGAUGGAGCCGCCCGACAUCGUCGGGGUCGCUGUACCGGACCCCAACAUUUUGAAGGAGAAAUAUUGCGGCACGCCGCGUUCGCGCAAGCAAUUCAAUUACACGAAGUUUCAAAACGACGUCGGUGCUAGUCCUGUUAAAACGACGAAUGCCAGUCUUCCGACCGGCAACCAGGAGGGCAGUUUGAUCGACCUGUCGCCGGAAGAAAUCGUGAAUACGAACGAGGCGCAAUCGGAUACCGCUUGUCGACGGGUGGUCAACAUUCUCGACGAGCCUAUCGAUGACAUGGAGCAACAGGCGAAUUGGCAGGACGUGGACGAUCCUCGAACUUACGCCAAUUUCCCCGGGAACGUGGAUCCAGCAUACUCGGACCCGUUCGACACGUCCUCGGUAUUUUUGAAACUGCCCCACUCGAGAUAUUACAGCCACGUUCCGUCAGAUGUGAGCAAUCGAUACUUCAAGACGCAAAGUUACGGAAACGUACAAAACCAGGACGCUGGUAACAGUAGCCAGAACAGUACAAAUUACUUCGCCUCGGAAUCCGGAUCGGACGGAAUGAGUCAUUACUCCAUAAACCUGAGCAAAGAGAGUAGGAACGACAGUAUUAAUCUGAACGUGAACGUGGACACGGAGGAAGGUAGCGCAACGUACAGUCAGAACCAUUACAGCGAGAUAGAUAAACCUAGUCCGCCUAUAGCCAAUUGGCCUGAGGAUCUGCAGAAUGACGCGCAGACUUACGCAAAUGUCUCUAGUCGAAAUUUGCAAACAACUUCUGACGCCCCUCCCCCCCCGCCCCUCGCCCCCAACGAGAGCCCGUCGAAGCCGAGAUCGAAUCACGAUUUGGCCCAAAGUCUGAGCGAGUUGGCCAUAAACUCUCAGAGUAUCUCGCCCAAGAAAUUGGAUCCUGCUUUCCUGGCCGAGUUGGAGAAGCAUUUGGGCGAGAAAGAGGCGAGCAAAAACAUGAUCGCGAGCCAGCAAAAUCCGGAUCCCGACUCGUACUCGUCCAUCAACAAGUUGCAGGAUCACAGCACGAUCCCGGCGUUGAAACCUCCCCCUCAAACCAUCAAACGGAAAUCACCUCAGUUGGAUUACAGAAGCAGCAAUCUGCCCAGCAAAGUUCAAAACUCCUGGCCGUCCAAGAGUACAAACAUUCAACAACCUCGCACCGAACGCGUCUUGGAGACGACCACGGAACAGAUGGUAGGGCAAAUCUGGCAACAGACUCAGGCGUCCCAAACGAACCUCAACCUCUUGCAAAUCGCGCCCAGUAACGUGUUCAAACAGAACUUGAACCACGCCCAGAACUCGCUGUCCAUUUCCAACCAGACCAUGAACGCCCAGAACCUUUCCUUGCCCACCGUUCACGGGAUAACUCAGAUUCAGAACGAUCUCCAACAAACGUACAACGUGAAACCUCCCAACGUGAUGUUCUCGGAGCAAGUGUACGCGGAAUUGAAGCAAACCGUACCCAAUCUCGAUCAACUGUCCCAGAACGAGUUCAACACGUUGUACAACAAGACGGUGCAGCAAAACAUUCUGAGGAAUUACUACGCGGCCGGCAACUCCUCGACCAACAACUCUGACCCGGCCGCCAAUCUAAGUCAUAGCCACUUGCUGGACGGGCAGGCUGGGUCGAAUCUUCAGAUACGAUCCGGGCAACAGGCGAGAAACGUGUCUGGCCAUCCGUGCGACUUCAGCCCUCAUCUGAAGCAGCCGCCGAUGUACAACCCGCCUCCCCCCCCGGCCACGUGGAGCCCUAUGAAGCCGGUCUCGAACGAGUGCUUGGGCCAACAAGCGCCGAUCAAGUCCAAUCUGGCCAACAAUCCCAAUUUGCUGCAGAUAGCGAAUCCGUGCAGUCAAGAGGGCGCAGCCAUGACGCUGCAACAAUCCUCGACCAGAUGCCUCCCCGCCUCCCAGAUGAACGAGACGGUUGUCAAUACUCAAUUAGCCCCCUCCACGUCCGCGUACCCGCCCGGGGUCAGCCCCCCGUUAACCACAGCCUCUCAGCAACUGGUCAUGUCCCUUAACGACGAAUUUCGAGCGAACAAAGUGAUGAAGGUGCAGAGGGAGACGAGCGACGCGUCGCAUCAGGAAAUACUCAUUGCGCUGCAGGCAACCGGCUGGGACACUCAUCAGGCCGCGAAGCAGAUAUUGAAAGACAGGCAGGCCAAGAUCGAGUCCUUGGUCAGGCUGGGCUUGGCAGACCGACAACAGUGCGAGGGUGCUUUGAAGCAGACUGAAUACAAUGUAGAUUUAGCAGCUUCCCUUUUGUUAGACCAGGUCAAAUGAAGGCAGAUGUGAAAAAAGCAGCUCUCUGUUGCUUGAAGAUAUUGUAAAAUAACCGUAGUGAUGUAUAUGCCGUCGGUGAGAGAACCUGGCUACGACGCACCUGCUUUCGUGGAAGAGUUGUAUUGUGGACCAGCCAGGUCGACGAACAAUAGUUGCUACUAUCAUCAGCCAAUCUACGAGGAC